GGGUCUUCCAAUUUUACACUCACGCUAUCGCUUGUUUGCACUCCGUGACCUACAACCGGCAUUCCGAACAGACGCACAAGUAUUCCGUACCGCCGGUCCGGAUCUGUCCGGCUUGCCCGCACACAGCGCAACACACAAAAAGCACAACAGCUCAGCUUGCACCCGCUCCCCGUCCCCGUCGCACCGGGCCACUUGCCCGCCGCACUCCCGCCCUCGCUCGCUCGUUUGGGGAGGGAAACAUACCCCCCAAGCGAAACCUAGCACAGCGCCCGGGCUCUCUCGCUGCGGCGGCGCCCCACCGCACAAGCAGCGUUCGCGAUGAAGGAGAACGACGUGAUCGCCGUCAUCAUCAUCGUGCUGUUCAUCGUGCUCGCGCUGAUCGCCUUCGGCAUCUACCACCUGGUCAGCGUCGCGCGGCGGGAUGUGCGCGGCACCGUGACGACCGAGUCGGAUAGCAGUAGCGGGGAGAUGGCGGAAGAAUCAUGAAGAGAAGGCGGUGGUUGUUUGAAUGAAUGAAUGAAUGAAUUGGUUAACGGGUCCUCGGUGGGUUGGUUGGUAGGGCUCGGUCGUGGGCACACCAGCGG